AGCUUCACAGUUCUCUCUGAUAACUACCAUCUGGCAGACCAGUCUAGCCGAAGAGAAAAAUGCCUUCAGCACUAAUCUUUAUCGCCGAUGGAACGGAAGAGAUGGAAUUCACCAUCACCUACGACACCCUUGUUCGCGCGGGCGUGAAGGUCCAGUCUGCCUUCGUUUCCGCGGAUGAUUCAAAAUCCGUCAACCCCCCUGUAGCGAAGGGCUCUCGCGGCAUUGGGAUCCUGCCCGAUACCUACUUCGAGCCGGGGAACUCUGGACCGGACAAGUUCGACCUGCUGGUAGUUCCCGGCGGUGCGAAGGGCGCGGAGACGAUUUCGCAGAACCCGGCGGUCCAGGAGCUCAUUCGCAAGUACAUCGAUGCGGGCAAGUACGUCGGAAUGAUCUGUGCAGGUAGCCUCGCCGCGCAGACCUCGAAGCUGCCCAAGCAGCCGCUGACGUCGCACCCGAGCGUCAAAGCUCAGCUGGAAGGCGACUACGAGUACUCCGAGUCCCCUGUUGUUGUGUCCGGCAAGUUGGUGACCAGCCGCGGUCCGGGUACGGCAUUCCCUUUCGCGCUGACGCUCGUCGAGCUUCUCCUGGGGAAGGACAAACGCGAGGAGGUCCGCGGCCCGAUGGCUUUCCCGGCAAACACGCCAUUCUGAGGCAUUGGCGUCGGACGACAGCAGCGAGUGAAGAGAAAAAGCAACUUGUAUCAUAGUGUAAAUUGCAACAUACAAUCCCCAUCUGUUUGGGCGAAUCGCCCGACGCUAUCGCGCAUUGAUACACACCGGAAAGCCCUCGUGCCCUGACAAUCCCCAGAUUUGG